GAGAGAGAUAGAGAGAAAGAGAAAGGGGAAACGGUCGAUGGAUGCUGCUUGGACAGAGGGGAGGGCACAUUCUUCACUAACGAGGAAAAGAAGACAGGAACAAUUGAGGGAAAGGGGAGAAACACGCCUCCAGCCAUGGUGUGGUGUGAGAAGGGGAUCCAGAUCCUCCUCACCACGGUGGGGGCGUUUGCGGCGUUCGGCCUGAUGACGGUGGCCAUCGGCACGGACUACUGGCUGUACGCCCGCGCCUUCAUCUGCAACAGCACUGCCAACUCCACCCAGGACGACCCGCACAACAAGGACCGCAAGGACCCCGGCGCCCUCACGCACUCCGGCCUCUGGAGGAUCUGCUGCCUGGAAGGGUUGAAAAGAGGAGUGUGUUCACAGAUCAAUCACUUCCCUGAGGAUGCUGACUAUGACCAUGACGGGGCGGAGUACCUUCUACGUGUGGUGCGGGCGUCCAGUAUAUUCCCCAUCCUGAGCGCCAUUCUCCUCCUGCUGGGCGGGGUGUGUGUUGCAGCUAGCCGCUUCUACAAGAGCAAGAGGAACAUCAUCCUGGGCGCGGGCAUCCUCUUUGUGGCUGCGGGCCUGAGCAACAUCAUCGGGGUGAUCGUCUACAUCUCCGCGGCGCUGAGCGACAUCUCCCCGAAGAAGGACGAGGACAAGAAGUGGCACUACUCCUACGGCUGGUCCUUCUACUUCGGCGGCCUGUCCUUCAUCCUGGCCGAGAUGGUGGGCGUGCUGGCCGUCAACAUCUACAUCGAGAAGAACAAGGAGCUGCGCUGUCGCUCGCGCACCGACCUCUUCAAGAGCACCACCCACGCCAUGCUGCGGCUGCCCAGCUACCGCUUCCGCCAGCGCUCCCGCUCCAGCUCCCGCUCCACCGACCCCUCCCGCUCCCGGGACCCCUCCCCCGUGGGCGGCGGGGGCAAGAAUUUCGGCCUGACCCCGUCGGCGCUGCUCUCCCAGGGGCCCGUGGGGCCCAUCUCCGUCUCCACCCUGCCCAACCCCCACGCCCACUCCCACUCCGCCCUGGGGGGCGACAUCUCCAUGUACACCCUCUCGCGGGAUCCCAAACUGGCCGGCCUGGGGACUCUGGGGGGCCCGCCCAUGUACGGGACGGUGGACAGGGCCACCCUGUACCAGCUGCAUAAUUGCUUCCCGAAAGAGGGCGGCGGGGGCGGUGGAGGCGGGGUGAUACUGGGCGGCACCCUUCCCUCCCUGUCGAAGUCUAACAACCCCUCGUCAGCCCAGAAUUCCUCCAAUAGCAAUGCUCCCCUCAAUACCUCAUCCUCUUCCGCCCCGUCUUCCCAGCCCCCACCUCUUUCCUCGUCCACAAUAGAGAGAGACAGGGGCAUGAGCACCCUGGAUAGGUUAGGGAAAGGUGAUAGAGAGAGCUCCAACUCCAACACCCUGAACAGGAAGACAACGCCAGUGUAGAGGCACAGAGAGGGAUGGGUAGGGGCGAGAGAAACGAUAUAAACACACAGAACAGAGAAAAAAAAAAAGGAUGAGAGAGAGAGAGGGGUUGGGAUGGGACAACAGGAAGUGCAAUAGGAGGGAGGAAGAGAGCCCAUACCCUCCCUUUUCUCUCUGUCUUUAAAUAGUGUGAGUAGGUUAC